CAUAUAAUGACUUGUUUUUGUUCACAAUUUCUUAUCAAUUGAUUAAUAUAUUUUUAUUAAACAUGAAGAAAAUAUUUCCCGUUUUAAAAAGGAAUUUAUCACAUGUUUGUAAUUUGAAACCAUACAAGGAAACCAAAUGGUUAAUGCCCAAUGGUAAUCCAACUGGAGUAUACGUUUACAAUUGUGUGGCCGAAGAAAGAGUUCCAGUAAUCUUAAACGAUCCUACAAUGGCCACAUGGUAUUCGUGUGGUCCCACUGUUUAUGACUCUGCCCACAUAGGCCAUGCAUGUUGUUAUGUUAAAUUAGAUAUUAUCCAAAGAAUACUGAAAAGUUUUUUUAACAUAAAGCUCGUAACCGCAAUGGGAAUGACAGAUAUUGAUGAUAAGAUAAUAAAAAAGGCGAAAGAAACAAAAACUGCAUACAAAGCUGUCUCAAAGCAGUUCGAACACGAAUUCUGGAUAGACAUGGCAAAUUUAAACAUUGAAAAACCCAUGAUUGUUACCAGAGUUUCAGAUCAUAUGAAUACAAUAGAAAACUUUAUAAAAAAUUUAAUAGAUUCAAACAUGGCAUACAUGGCUAAAGAUGGUUCAGUUUAUUUUGAUACAACAAAGUUUCAUUUAUAUGGUAAGUUACAAUCAACACAGGAUCAUGGGGAACCAAGUGAUGAAUUUAAAAAGAAUAAUAUGGAUUUUGCAUUAUGGAAAGCAUAUAAACCAGGGGAACCCAGCUGGCAAACACAAUGGGGGGAUGGGAGACCUGGAUGGCAUAUUGAGUGCUCAGCUAUGGUCAGUAAAAUUUUUGGCUCCCAAUUAGACUUUCAUGCUGGUGGUAUUGACUUGAAAUUUCCUCACCAUGAAAAUGAAGAAGCUCAAUCCUGUGCAUUCCAUAGCACAAGACAAUGGGCCAACUAUUGGAUCCACAUUGGACAUUUGAACUUAAAAGAUACAAAAAUGUCUAAAUCUCUCCAAAAUACCAUAUCAAUACCAAACUUAUUAGAAACAUACAGUGCAGAUACAUUCAGAAUGGCAUGUCUGUUAUCUAAUUAUAGGCAUCCUAUGGAAUAUAGUGAUCAAAUGAUGAAAAUGGCCCAAGAAGUUGUAAAUAAAUUUAAGUUUUUCCUGAAAGAUGUAAGUGUUUAUGUGAAUAAUAGUCAUGAGGGCAGUGCGUCAUAUAAUUAUAAACUUUUGAACAGUUUGCAGCUAACUGAAGAGAAAAAUUUAGAGGCAUUAAAAAGUGAUUUUGAUACACCAACUUGUAUCAAUUCAAUGCUAAGUUUGAUGAGUAAUGCAAAUACCAUAAUGAAAAUAGAUACAGCAAACUUUUAUCCUGUACCAAUGAUAUUGAUUGCAGAUUAUAUACUUGAUAUGUUAACAAAGUUCGGUCUUCAAAUGAAAGAAUCUACAGAACAUAAUAUAUCAAAUUCACUUAUUGAUACCCUAGUAGAGUUUAGGCAUACUGUGAGGGAAAAUGCUUUGAAAGCUAAAGAUAAGGAGCUGCUAACAUCAUGCGAUAUAGUUAGGGAUAAAAUGAAAUCAGUGAAAAUACAAAUCAAUGAUAGCAAGACACCAUCAUGGAUUUAUGUUAAAUAAUGUUUUAAUAUAUUGUAUAGUUAUUUGUAUAAUAUACUGUAAGUAGUAAAAGUAAUUCCAUAAA